GCCUUCCCGCGUCCCAAUCCCCUCCGCCGCGCUCCCCUUCUUCCUUGGGUCCUCCCCGGGGCAGGAUGGCGGCGCGAGACCCGGCCUCGGCUUGCAGCGCGGCCGCCUUCCGCCUCCGGCACUUGCACCUGGAGCUGCGCGUGGGCUUCGGGGCGCCGGGGGCCGCCGGCGGGGAGGUGCGGGGCUCGGUGCGCCUGGAGCUGACCUGCUUGGAGGAGCGGGCGGCCGAGCUGCUCCUGGACUCGCACCCCACCGUGGAGGUGCAGAGCGCCGCCUGGGCCGAGGCGGGAGAGGGCCCGGAGAGGCUCCGCCCGCUGCCCUUCCAGGACCACCGGCCCUUCGCCAGCUACGGCUCCGCCCUCCGCCUCGCCUUCCCCGAGCCCCUGGCCGCAGGGGACAAGCUCGUGGUGGAGGUCGCCUUCCGCGGCGGAGCCGGGCCCGGGGUGUGUUGGCUAACUCCCGAGCAGACAGCAGGGAAGCAGAAGCCCUAUAUGUACACUCAAGGCCAGGCUGUCCUGAAUAGAUCUUUUUUCCCUUGCUUUGACACCCCUGCAGUUAAAAGUACAUACUCGGCUGUUAUAAAGGUUCCUGAUGGUUUCACGGCCGUGAUGAGCGCGGUGACGCAAGAGAAGCAGAAGGACAACACUUUCUUCUUCAAAAUGCCUCAUCCCAUCCCGUCCUAUUUGAUUGCCUUGGUUGUUGGUGAUAUUGUUUCUGCUAAAGUGGGACCCAGGAGUCACGUAUGGGCUGAGCCCUGCCUGAUUGAGGCUGCACGGAAAGAAUAUGAUGGUGUGAUUGAAGAGUUUCUUGCCACUGGAGAGAAGCUUUUUGGACCAUAUGUUUGGGAAAGGUAUGAUGUUCUCUUCAUGCCCCCCUCAUUUCCUUUUGGGGGGAUGGAAAACCCCUGUAUCACCUUUGUGACCCCGUGCCUCUUGGCUGGUGAUCGUUCCCUGGCAGAUGUCAUCAUCCAUGAGAUCUCGCACAGCUGGUUUGGGAAUCUAGUCACCAAUGCUCAGUGGGGGGAGUUCUGGUUGAAUGAGGGCUUCACCAUGUAUGCACAGAGAAGGAUCACCACCGAACUGUAUGGUGCUGCUUACUGCUGCUUGGAAGCCGCUGCAGGAAGAGCUUUGCUUCGUCAACAUAUGGACAACACAGGAGAAGAUCACCCACUCAACAAGCUCAGGGUGAAAAUAGAGCCAGGUGUUGAUCCCGAAGACACAUAUAAUGAAACACCCUACGAAAAGGGCUACUGUUUUGUCUCCUACCUUGCCCACCUUGUGGGAGACCAGAGCAAGUUUGAUGGCUUCUUACAGGCUUAUGUGAACCAGUUCAAGUUUCAGAGCAUCACAGCUGAUGACGCUCUGGAGUUCUACCUCAACUAUUUCCCAGAACUAAAGAAGCAAGGAGUGGAUGUCAUUCCAGGUCUUGAGUUUGAUCGGUGGCUGAAUACACCUGGCUGGCCCCCUUAUCUUCCUGAUCUUUCACCUGGGGAGGAGCUGAUGAAGCCAGCUGAGAAACUGGCGGACCUUUGGGCAUCUCCUGACCAUGACAUGAAGGCAAUUAAAGCAGUAGAUAUCUCUGCUUGGAGAACAUACCAGCUAAUCUUUUUUCUGGAUAAGAUCUUGCAGAAAUCUCCUUUACCGGAUGGGAACAUUGAGAAGAUGAGUAGCUUUUACCCCAAAAUCUCCAAAGCUGAAAAUGCAGAGCUGCGUCUUCGUUGGUGCCAGAUCCUUCUCAAGAAUAAUCAUGAGGCUGAGUUCAGCAAAGUGAAAGACUUUCUUCAGAGCCAGGGAAAGCAGAAGUACACCCUUCCCAUAUACCGAGCCAUGAUGAAUGGUUCAGAGACUGCCCGAGCCCUGGCUGUGGAAGUAUUCUCUGCUACAGCACCACAACUCCAUGUGAACGUCCAGAAUUAUGUCAAAAAGAUCUUGGGACUGAAUACAAAAGGAAACUAGGAAGAAAAACACCAAGCCAAAGAAGUCUGUUGUUUGAUAUUCAGCAGAUGUCUGUUUAUGGUGGGUGGUGGAAAAGGAGAAACUAGCUAUCAAAUGCCAUUUGAAGGGUUGAUGGUGUAGGUAGGGGACAGGUCCCGCAGCCUCCGCAGUCUGCUCUUUUCCUCAGGAAUUGAAUUAAAAUGCUGGGAAUUUCUGGGCGCUUCCAGAAAGUGUUGCUUCUUCAUGGAUAACCUGAUGGUUGGUUUUCUUUCUUUUUAAAAGAUUUAUAAAGAUAAGCACAAUGUUACAUGCACAAAAUGUCAAAGUAAAUCCCCCUUUGUUGUUUUCAAUAAAAGGAGUUACUGAUUAUUGCCAGAAA